GAGGGCGACGCGAGCCUGCUCGUCUUGCAGCCCGGCCUCUACCUUGCCUCUACCCUUCUCUUUCACUAUGCAAUAGCCUGUGACGACGAACAAAGUGUUCUCUGUCGACUUAACGUUGUCAUCAACAUGCGGCUGUCGGUCAAGUCUUUUCUAUGCAGUCUGUGCCUCGGGACGCUCGCUGUCGCAAGGUUGUCGGAAGAGUUCAACGAGGAACUGCAUCUGCGACCCCUCCCGGAUGGCAAGCUAGCAGCUCGGUUCUCAUUCAGCACGCUCCUCAAAGGAGCAACUCCAAGACAUCCGGAGACGCUGGGAGUUGAGGACGAAUCACAGCUCUACACAUUGUUCCCCCUCGCCCUCGGUCAGAUCCUACGAGAGUAUGCCGUGACUGAGCUUCACCUCACCCUCAAUGCUGGGAAUUGGAACUACGACCGCUGGGGCUACCCUGACGAGCCCGGCGUUGGCACGGGAGCCGAGCUGUGGGCAUGGAUGGGGGAGGGUGGUACCGUCACAGUUGACAGUCGAUGGCGGGGCCUCCGCAAUGCCCUCGCAGGGCUGUUCUGUGCAUCACUGGGUUCUCUAGACGAACAACGCACGACAUCGCCCGUGCUCACAUUCCAACCAGAGGGCUCUCUACCCAAUGGGAACGCCAGUUAUCAGCUCCGACACGCCACACUACCAUCGGAGCACGUCUGCACGGAGAACCUGACGCCCUUCCUCAAGCUUCUGCCGUGCAAGUCUCUGUCUGGCAUCGCGAGCCUCCUCAACCCACACAAACUAUUCGACGCCGACUGGCACGGACUGGGCGUACACGUUCGAUAUCUUGAAAGCGCUGGCGUCGAGGUGCGCCUUGCGUUUCAAGCCGUGUUUGACCCGGUCCGAGCUGCGUCGGACAAACGAAGAGACUGGUCGCUAAGCGCCGUUUUCGAUCGCCGUAUCGAGAGGGUUUGCCCUGUGGCUCGUUCGAGCGUCAUUCGGGUGCGCCUUCCCCAGAAUGAGGUAUACGCAAUCAUACCGUCACCAUCGACGAUGGACAAGACUUACGCAACAUAUAUCGUGCAAGAAGUGGGUAAACCGCUCGAUGUCGCAAUCAUACGGCCGGAAGAAACGUUGUUUGAAUAUCUCAUUGAGCCUCAAACUCACAUAUCAGUCCACCGUACUCUGAAUGGCGCCAGUCAGCAUGCAGGCCAGUUGGCGCUGACGAUUACGAAUAACCACGACAUUCAGCUUCAAACGGGAUACCUCGAAACCAUGCCGUGGUUGUUACAGUUCUAUCUGCAUACUCUCCACGCCCACAUUGACGGCAUGCCUCGUGAUGAUCUUGUCAAGCUCAUAUCAUACAUACCACCUCUUCCGCACGUCCAACCAGCGCUCUUGCAAGCCGUCUUGACACUCCCGCCGAAAACCACGUUGUGGCUAACGAUGGAUGUCGUGAAACCAUUCCUUGCCUACACGGAGCAUCCUCCUGACGCGCAGCGUGGCUGGGACCUACCUCCUGCCGUGUUCGUGCCGUUCGCAAGCCAGAAUGGCAGUGAAACAGACUCUGAUCCGCAGCUGCACGCCGUCCUAUCGGACGUGCGCUCGACGCGGAUGUAUACCCCAGUCCUCCUCGUCGACCUCGCCACGCCGGACUUCAGCAUGCCGUACAACGUCAUCAUCAUGAGCUGCACGCUGAUUGCGCUCAUCUUCGGCAUGGUGUUCAACCUGCUGACGAGGCAGUUUGUAGUAGUACGUGUUGGCGAGCAAUCGUCAUGAUCCUUGAUCGGACUUGGAUGCAUCUUCCUGCUGCUGGCCCUCGCC